CGAAAAAAUGAUUUCAAAUUAAUAAGUAUCUAUGAAGAAGUUCUAGAUAUCAGUAAUAACCAACAUGUAAGAAAUUACCGCAGGUGCCUAUUUAUUGAAUUUGUAUUAUUUAUAUUCGGUAGUUAGAGACAACUUCUAUUCAUAUUCAUGUUGCAACAUACAGCUUACAUUUGGGGAAGAAUAUUGGAAAAUUCCUAAUACAUUUAUACGUUCGCUGAUACCAAUACCUAAGCCAUAUCCUUGUAGAUUAAGGGUGCUCAUGACCGAAGCAUAUUCAAAUAUAAGCGUCGACAUGCUACAUUAUGGCAAUGGAACAGUUGAAGGAGCUCAUUUUCCUUUCAAUUUCUUUAUCAUAACCGAUACCGAAUACAACAGUACUGCAAAUGAGAUUAUUUCGGUAAUAAAGAAAUGGUUUCAACACAUGCCAAGCGGACAUGUAUCUAAUUGGGUGUUAGGAAACCACGAUAGAGAUAGAGUAGCGACCCGUCUUGGAGUUGAGAAUGUAGACGGAUACAAUAUGAUGGUAGCCUUUCUACCAGGUACAGCGGUCACUUAUAACGGAGAAGAAAUUGGAAUGGAAAAUGGAGAAGUAACAUGGGAAGAAGGACAAGAUCCGGGCGCUUGCAAUGGACUCGAAUCAGAUUUCAAGACUGUAAGCAGAGAUUUUGAGAGGACUCCGUUCCAUUGGGAUUCGAGUGUUAACGCAGGAUUUAGCACGGGAAAUAAAACUUGGUUGCCCGUCAGUUCAAAAUAUAAAACCAACAAUCUUGAACUGCAAAGUAAAGAUGGUGUAAAAAGUCACUUUCAUGUCUACCAAGAUUUAAUGAAGUUAAGAAAAGAAGAUACAUUAAUUUAUGGAAAUUUGAACGUAGAGGUUUUAGCCACUUACGUUUUGGCAUUUACGAGGGAGUUGGAUGGGAACGACACCUACGUUUUUAUAUUUAAUAAGGGAAAUUAUUCUACUUCAGUGUCACUUUCUUCGUUUAAGUCUCUCAGUGGAAACGUAACAGUAGUUCUAUCCAGUACCAACUCAUCGAGAAACAAAGGGGAUACUCUGUCAACAGCAAGCAUAAUUAUGGAUGCACACGAAGCAAUAAUUGCAAAAUCACGAUCAAAUGUGUCAGUAUGUUGGAACAUCUAUACUAUUCUGUUAAUAAUGGUAUUACUAUUUCGAAUUUCCUAACAGGACAUUAAUGAACUUUUUAUCUGUUAUCUUAAAAUAUACCGACUUUGUAACUAUACUAAAUUUAUUAUAUUUUAUCAGACUUUUGGAAAAUACAUACCUUUAUCACAAUA